UUUUGCCUUGAGCUUGGACACCCCUUGCUUUUCUCCAAAAGCAUUGAUUCACAUCUCUUUGCUUUUUCUUUUUCUAUUUCACAUAUUUUAUUUUAUUGAUUUAUUUUUUGCUUUUUAGUGUUCCCCAAAGCUUCUUUAUUAUCUAGAUUCUUUAACACCACAAUAGUAAUCCUUUAUUUAUUUAUUUAUUUUAUACAUUGAAGCUCUCUCUACUCAAGAUAUGUAAUUUUCUCUCCCUAAACACAACCAAACUCACCUAAAGCACUUCCAAGAUAGUGAUCAACUUCACAUAAAUAGUAUACCAUCAAAGAAGGCAAAAGAAAGAAGAAGAAAAUGGAUGAGUUUGAUUAUGAAGAACUUGAAGCAGCCACUGAGAACUUCUCUCCUUCUCGAAUCAUCGGCAAAGGAAGCCAUGGAUGUGUCUACAAAGGUGUCCUCAAAGAUGGCAAGCUCGUCGCGAUAAAGAAGCAAUCAUUAGGGCUUCAAAAGCUUCAAGACAACUCAAAGCUUGACAACGAAGAGCGCAUAUUGUCAUCUUUACCCCAAAACCCAUACCUCAUCAACCUUCUCGGAACAAGUAAGAAUUGUGCGAAGAGCAAGGUCCUCGUCAUGGAACACAUGCCUAAUGGUACUCUUUAUGACUUGCUUCAUGUGUCUCCAACUCCGCCACCAUGGCCUAAACGUGCCCGAGUGGCCAUUCAAGUGGCUAGGGCUGUGCAGUUCAUCCACGAGGCCAACCCUUUGAUUAUCCAUAGAGACAUCAAGUCUGCUAACAUCUUGUUCGACUCAAAUUGGAAUGCUAAAUUAGCAGAUUUUGGACUUGCUGUCAGGUUGGCCUCUGAGGAUGGUCAGCAGGUUGACUCAACUAAUUCGUUGAGUCGACCUGCUGGCACGAUGGGAUACUUAGACCCUUAUUACACCACUCCAUGCAAGCUGAGCACUAAAAAUGACGUGUUUAGCUUCGGGGUGGUGUUACUUGAGAUCAUCAGUUGUACGAAAGCGAUCGAUGUUUCUAGGGUUCCAGCUUCCAUGGUGGAGUGGGCAUUGCCAUUGAUUGAAGAGGAUAGGAUGGUGGAGAUUUGUGACAAGAGGGUUGCUUUGCCUUUCUACAUGGAAGGCCCCGUGCGACACAUGCUACACAUCGCAUCACUUUGUGUGUCCUCUAGAGAAGAUCACCGGCCAUCGAUGCGAGAAAUCGUUAUGGUGAUGGAUCACAGUUUCGUUGAACGUGAUCGCUUCCCUCUCUGGAUCAAUAUUUUGGGUAGUAUUUUGAAAAGACAACAAAAAACGACUGCGAAGCCCAAAAACACUAUCGCUGCUGCCUCUAUCACCGCCGCGACACCACCACAUGAAGCAAACUGUCAUGGUGAGUUGUCAAGAGGGAAGAUUUUAUUGUUGAGAGAUGUUUUGGCUGACAUUACAUUGAAAUGACUGAAGAGGGUGUUUGUUUUGACUGAGUCAUUUGACCACAACUCGGCUGAGUUGGGCAACUUGGACAGGUCAAUGGACAGGUUCUGGUCCCUCCCUCACUCACAUUAUGAAAAAGAAAUAGGAGUUGAAGCCUGGAGGAGAGCAUGGAGUUCCAGACACAAGAUUCCUAAAAAGUUGGUGGGCUGUGGGAAUAUGAGAAAGCUUUGUGAUGCCCUGUCAUAAGUGUUAUUCGUUUUCUUGAUUGUUACAAGUCACUAGCUAACCCUAUAUUUCAGGGGGGGUCCUUGUGGGUGGUGCCCCUAGAUUCAUCAUACAUUUGUAUUCAUGAUCAUCAAAAUGUAUUAUAUAUUGUGAACUUUUUAUCCAUCUAAUUAAUUACACCAUGAUGAUUCGAUAUGGUAAUUAAAAA